AUGUCGGACGCGCCAUCAACCGAGACCCAGGCCAAGGGGGUUUUGGCGGCCAUGACUAACGCUUCUGAGACCGUUCGAGGCGCCAUCGCGUCCUCCAUUCCCGUUGCCAGCAACCAAGUUCUUACUGUCUCGCUACCUGGGACUGUAAUUGAUUGGAAGGACUACUACUACAAUGUCUCGAAGAAUAUUAAACCGCCGUUGGAUGUCCAGGUGAAGGAGGCACGACUCGUUGAUGGCAUGAUACCUUUGUCAAAGUAUACAGCCGGUAAAACGGGCAAGUCUGUUGCUCGAAGCUAUCUCGCAGCUCUUGAUCUCCUGGUACCUGUUGAGGCCUCUGUCUCUGGUGUUGUAUCCAACGAGACUGGAAAUAUCACCGAUCCGCGCCUCAAAACAAUCCGAGAGCGCUACAAGUACUCAAUGGGUUAUUUGACUUCAUCGGACGACACUCCCAGUGGUAACGGCCGAACCAAGGUUGAGACAUAUGUUAUGAAACAGUCAGCGUGGGCAAAGGAAGUAGCUGAAUACCAGAGGGCUCAAGCUGAAACCUUGAGGGGCCUCACACCACCCGCUGGCGCUACGACUGCCCAGGUCAAGGCCUCUCAGGAGAAGUACAAUGAAUGGAUUCAAGAGCACGCGCGAGAAUACAAGAACACGAUCCAAACGAAGUAUAUGGACUGGGUAGUUCAUGGUUACAAGUUCAUGGUGGAUUUUCAUUUUGGGAUCGUUGACAUCUCGUCGGGCAUGAAGCGUAUUGAGAACAGCAAGGAGGCCUACAGAAACCUUACUGUCAUCGCUUCUGAUGGGUCCAGUGAGUACAACGGCGUUGUACUUACGCCGGUCAGCUGGGCAACGAUGGUUGCGAAGAAGACUCUCAAUUGGAAAAAGGAUCAUGCCAAGCCCAACCCAGCAGAGAUCCGUGCGGAAAUUCGUCGCUUGCAAGGUCUGCUUGUUUCACACGAAACUCUUGCAGAUGCUAUCGAUAAAAACGCCUUCUUCCCAGUGAUGUCCAGCGAUUCGACGGCCGACAACAAAAAGGUUAAGGAAGCUUACGCCCAUGUUUACAACGACAUGGACACCAAGAAUGCCAAAAGCCGGGGCCAGGACGAGAACGGGUCAAACAAGAGCCACUGGCUAAAGGAAGCAUUCGAUGCUGCCCCUCUUACCGAAAAUGUGCUCAAGAACUUGACCGACGAGCAGAAAAAACAUGAUGAAGCCAGCUUGAAACGAAACAACAGAUCUGAUAUCGAGGAUCUCAAGAAACAGUUGAGCGCUGCCGAGGCUGCUCCUUUGAUCAGUGCACCACCGUUAUUGCCGGUCGUCAAUGCUGAGGGCAUUGUUGUGACAGGAGAUGAGCUUCUGGCUAACCCAAGUCUCAAGAACCCAGGCCUUGGCAAUGUGAUCGAUCUCGACAACGAAGAAACCUGGCGCAAUGCCGCCGAGGAUGGUCCUGAUUCCUGGACAAAGAUUUCGUGCAAGGUGACAAGCAAGAGCAGCGACUCCGAGUCUUCGACAUCUCAGAGUGCAUCCUCCAUCUGCGGCAAGGCCGGUUGGGGUUGGUGGCGCGCCUCGGCUAGUGCAAGCCAUACAGAAAGCAGCGCGGAGGCUAUGUCAUCCAUGUCAAACCUCGAUGUUGAGGUUAGUAUGAGCUGUAUGGUUGUUGAGAUUGAAAGGCCUUGGCUUCACGCAGAGCUUUUUGCUGACGCUGAGCUCGAUUCUGGAGAAUUCAAAAUUUCUCCAGGAGAGGAUGUCUUGAGAGACGCUUUCAACAAUGGGAAAAACCUCGCGGGCGAAUAUCAGCAGUUUUCCUCUUACCCAACAGCCUUUGUUAUUGCUGCUGACAUUGAGCUCAGUUUCUCGGGAGACACCACCAAGCUCGAGAGUGCAGUCUCGGCUUCUUCUACCCAGGCCAAUAUCUCCGUCGGGUGGGGCCCCUUCGCAGUCUCGGGAUCGCACAGUUCCUCCAAGUCCAAGUCAAAGACCAAAAUGGAGUCCACUGCCACCGGUUGCAGAAUCUCUGUCGAAGCGCCUCAGAUCGUGGGCUGGGUUCAGACGCUCCUUCCUAUGCUGCCUAAGCCCAAGAAUGGUGUUUCCACGAUGAGCAGUCCCUUUAGCGUAGCCUGA